CCCCCCUCGGCUCCCGGCCCGGUCCGGCCCGGCCCGCCGGGUCCCCUUCGGGGCUGCGGGAUGGUGCGGGCAGCCGCCCGACGGACGACGAGCAGACAUUCCCAGAACUCGCUUCUUCCGGCAUCAUCGUGCCGUCACGCACCUCUUCACCAAAGCCCACCUCCACAUGUCGGUUGCUGCUGCUGCUGCUGCAUGUCGGCUCUGCCGGCUCUGAGGAACUGCUGAAUCUGGGCUGGGAAACGGUGCCGGAGGACUGUUCCAUUUUCUCCUCUCGUGAACGUUCGGGCACCGUCACUCUUUGGAUUGAAAUCAGUCCGACCUUCCUCCCCGGCCCUGGACGCGCUCUCACACCUGCUCCCCUCGAGCGUCCCGUUCAUGGUUCCAAGUCCUCUUGCUCUGACCUGCAGGUAGGCAAGGAGCCGUAUCUCAGUGAGGCAACAUGGCAAUUUUCCUGGCGGCCCAGAAAGCUCAUUCGGUUCUGAGACGCUUCCCAAGAGCCAAUGGGUUUCUGGAAGAGUUCCGGCAGGGGACCAUCGAGAGGGAGUGCAUUGAGGAGAUCUGCAGCUAUGAGGAGGUCAACGAGGUGUUUGAGGACAAAGAGCAAACGAUGGAGUUCUGGAAAGCGUACCCGAACGCCGUCUAUUCCGUCAGGGACCCCGGGCAAGGCUCGGAUGCCAUGUACGUGGUGGUGCCUCUCCUCGGGGUGGCACUCCUGAUCGUCAUCGCUCUGUUCAUCAUCUGGAGGUGCCAGCUGCAGAAGGCCACCCGCCACCGCCCGUCCUACGCCCAGAACCGGUACCUCGCCAGUCGCCCGGGCCGCAGCCUCCCCCGCGUCAUGGUGUACCGGGAGCCGGCCCACAGCCAGGUGGAGGCCGGCGGCCGGGCCCCGGGGGAGGGCCGCGGCGGGGGGGCCGGGGCAGCCCCAGAGAGCACCCUCUGUGUCCCCGAGCACUCGACCUCGGUGCUGUCCAGACUGUCCAGCGCCACCCCUCCCCCGUCCUACGAGGAGGUGACCGGCCACCCGGAGAGCGGCAGCGAAGAGACCAGCGUCUCCUACAGUGACCCUCCUCCCAAGUACGAGGAGAUAGUGGCGUCCCGCUCCGCUUCGGACAAGUAACGGGGCCGGCCUCGCGCUCUGAAAUCCCCGCGGGUGUCCCCUCCUUCUCAGUUCAGCAAGCCGGUGCCACCACAGAACAGCCUUACCCGCCUCGUCGCCAAAACCCGGUCACGAUGGCCGGGCCCUAUCCCGGUCCCGCCCUGCAGGUGGGGAGCUGGGGCGGGGGAGGAGGGGGCCGCAGUGUUGACCGGAGAGUCCGGCCGGCCGCCACCGGACAUGCCCCGGCCCCCAGUUCCCGUCCCGGUGGGUAGCUGAGUGGCCAGCCGCGAGAGCCUGUCUCGCUUCGGGGUCUCCGUGCGUUCGGGGACCCGAGCCCCUGGCACCCCUCCCCUGAGUCUAGCCCACCCUCAAGAGAUGAGGGCCUGCUCAGUGCCGAGUUGCUUCCGCCGGAGGAGGAGGGAGUGGGGCGCGGGGGCCGGCGGAGGCCGCGCCGUCAGGGGUGGUGCCCGUGGGCCGUCUGGCGGGGGAGGGGUCCCCGGCAACCGGCUCCGAGGGGUAGGCGGACGUGCCGUUUCCACCGGGGGGGCUAGGGAGAGAAGCGGGUCCCCUUCCCCUAAGUGCCCCAGCUGUCCCCGGCCAGAGUCUUUGUGCGGAACUCGCGACGGCCUCCCCCGAGGAGGACAGCAGCAUUGGGGGAGAGUGGUUCAGGGGUGAGCGGCAACGAGAACAAUCGUGUGGUAACAGCGUCACUGCCAGCAGGGCCUUCCUGGGCCUCCGGGUCCCCCGGGCUCACACAGCUUCCACUAGCCACCCCCAUCCCCACCCGGAGCCGAUACCAGACCGACACAGUCCGGGACCCGGGCCGGCAUCCCCCAGACUUUUCAAAGAGCUACGACGAGUGGGCCCUUCCGACGUCACCCACGGGCCUCAGCGCCUGAGAGGGAGGUGGUGCCAAAGUUUUCGUUACUCCGGUCUGGCGCUGGUGAGGUCUGUGGGAAGGAAGAGAAGGAGCUGGGGAGGGGAGGGGAGUGAUUUUGGUGGUUCACUACUGUGUGGUCUUGCCUAUCACACCUGUGUGCGUAUUUGCGUGUGUUUGAAACCCUUUCCGUUCUCCAGGAGCUCCUGAUCUCAGCACGGCUGUGCACAGGAGGGGAGGAGACUGCCCCAUUCAGUUGACUACGGUGUACGAGGCAGUUUGUAUCUUUCUUCCUGGUGUGUCUCUCUCUGUAUCUCCCUCGUGUCUUUCAGCGCUCUCUCUCACUCUCCUUUGCCUUCUCCUGACUCGUGCCACCCUGCGUGGGAAACGUUUUAUUGUGAAGAGCAGAGCGGGGCCGAAUGGUGUUUUGUUCUUGGAGGUGGGCACCGCCCGGGGCCCCCUAGACCUUCAGAACCGCAGGAGAACCGGCUCUCGGGUCCGGAGGCUUGGGGGCCAGUUCCGGCUCGGCCCCUAGUUUGGGCAAAUCCGUCGCUUUGGGCCUCAGUUUCCCCACGUGGAAAAUGAGGCGGAUAUCCGUCCUUCAGCGGUAACGUUGAAUCGGAAGAGGUGGGAACGGGACUCCGAGCUCUCGGGCGAAGGGGUUUAGUUCUCAACCACGGCCUGGGGCAGGUAGGCGUGUGGAGGAGGGAGCCUCAGAGAGGGAGGAGCUUCACUGGUAGGAGUGGCAUUGAUUGAAUGAACCCUGGGGGCAAUGCACUAUACUAAGCAAUUGGGAAAGAGUGACCGAAGCCCUGGACACGCUCCCUGUCCACAGGGAGCUUACGCUCUAGUGAAGCAUACCCUCUAAUACCUCCUUUCCCCACGAUUUUGAAGGGAGAUUCCCCUGCCGUGGAUCUCGCUGAGCUCUAACCCUGGUCUCCCGCUCCCUCACCUCUCCCACUCUCUUCUUCGUCACUUGCGUGACCUUAUUGACCCUCAGUCUCGCCUCCCGAGGGCAGCUCAUCUCAAGUGGAGCUCUCUCUGGGCCGGGCGAUUGCUUAACCAAGAGGGUGGCCGUCACACUUUUCCUGCAAGCAUCUCUGGGUGCCGUCCGAGGGGGCCACUUUGGGAGGCAGGAGGCUGGGCCCGAGCCGAUAACGACCUCGCUUAGGGGGUUGCGGCGGCCGGGCCCCCGGCAAAGUGCUGCCGCCUGCUGGGCCGCCCUGAAAAGGCACCCUGUCGGGGACACAUCCCUCUCUGUCCUCACGGUGGCGCCCAAGAGCGGCCGUGGCUUGCAGGCUCCUGAGCGGGAAUUCUGUGCCAGCUUGGGAAAGAAAGCUCAUGGGCCUGGAGCCCCCAGGGCCAGCCAGGUUGGGUGGCCAUUCCCACCUUCCCCGGUGGCCUUCUCCCCGGCCUCCAUCCCCCCCGGGAAGCCACAGUGCCUCAGACAGCUGCCGGGGGCUGACCGCUGGCGGAGGCCGGGCCCGGCCCCUGUUCUGACCCCCGCACCGGCCUGUGCCAACCCCUGGAGCCUGUGCUCCUGUUUCUUCCUCCGGGACGGUUGAGUCUCUAUUUGGCACACGUCCUGAACCGCCUCACCCAGGGUCUGGGAAACGACGCCGAGGAGCUGGGAGGAACCAGACACCCCUCCCUUCCUCCCCUCGCCUCGAGGAACUCUCAAGGGACCCCUCUCAGCCCUUUCAUCCCACCCGGGCCUUCUCCGCCGAGCUGCCCGGCAGCCAGAGAAAGUGAUGGGGAGCUGGGUGGAGGCAGGAGAGUAGCCAGCGUGGCCCGGCGGGUGCCCGGCCUGCGCUACGGGAAGCCGGCGAUGCCCCCGGAACCCACGAUCGCUUCCUCGCGGGGCUGGAAGCUGUGGUCGCCGGUGUCCGCCGACGGUAGCCCAUCGCCCCGCGGUCCAGUCGAUUCACGUUGUGGAGUGGAAGUCUUCGUGCCGUAGACCCAGGGCAUCGUCACGUUGAAGGUGUCUGUUCAGGAUAGACACGUUUUUCACACGGUGCAUGUUUUGACACCCCCCCCCCCGCCCCCCGUGGAAGAAUGCCGUGUACAUAUAUUUAAAACCGUGUGGCUUUAUAUGAAAGUCUAUUUGAUACACUGUUUAAUAAGAGCAUCUGCACUAACUCUGAA